AACAAUUUCAUAUUUUUGUCGGUGAUCUAAGUUCAGAAAUCGAAACUCAACAGCUGCGUGAAGCAUUUACACCAUUUGGAGAAAUAUCCGAUUGUCGUGUGGUACGCGAUCCCCAGACAUUGAAAUCAAAGGGUUAUGGCUUUGUGUCCUUUGUUAAAAAAUCGGAAGCCGAAAGUGCCAUAACGGCCAUGAAUGGCCAAUGGUUGGGAUCUCGUUCAAUUAGAACCAAUUGGGCUACCAGAAAACCCCCGGCAAGUAAAGAAAAUGUAAAACCCCUGACAUUCGAUGAAGUUUACAAUCAAAGCAGCCCCUCAAACUGUACCGUAUAUGUUGGUGGUGUCAACAGUUCUCUCACUUCGUUGAGCGAAGAAGUAUUGCAGAAAACAUUUUCACCCUACGGUUCAAUACAGGAGAUACGUGUAUUCAAGGAUAAGGGUUAUGCAUUUGUAAGAUUCUCCACAAAAGAGGCUGCCACCCAUGCAAUUGUUGGCGUACACAACACGGAAAUCAAUGCCCAACCUGUGAAAUGUUCAUGGGGCAAGGAAAGCGGUGAUCCCAAUAAUGCCCAAUCGUUGGCCAGUCAGGCCUUAAAUCCAGCUGCUGCCGGUUUUCCAUAUGGCGUUGGUGCAGCUGCUGCCGCUGCAGCUGCUUAUGGUCAACAGUUGGCAGCCACCGGUUGCUGGUAUUCACCAACACCCACGUAUCCUGCAUCAUCGGCCACAGCUGCUGUAACGCCUGCUGCCUCUGCUGCGGUACAAAAUCAAUUUCUGCAAGGUAUUCAGGGCUAUCAUUUCGGGCAGUAUGGUGGCUAUCAGCAAGGCUAUAUGGGUAUGGGUGUCCAAAUACCCACAACCUGGCAAGGCGUUGCCACACAAGCCCAAAUAUCUCCUGCUCAACAGUUGGCGACGGCGGGUGUUGCCGGUGCUGCCAUACCUCAGGCUGCCGGUGUUGUAGCCUACCCCAUACAGCAAUUCCAAGUUAGCCCCCAGGCACAGUAAAUCCUCACAACCAAAAAAAA